AUACACGACUCUUACAAAAGCCCUUGGACACUUUCCUCCUUCGUAUAUUACUUCAUUUUCUGGUCUCCUCGAUCAAUAGCUCCAAGUUUUUCUUUUCCCACCGGGCUUGAGGGGUAUCGAUAUUACUUUGGCGUUCUUCAUUUCCCAAGUGACGAACGAGGGUACGAGACGACAGUGAAGACAAUUUCUUGCUCUUGGGAAGACUUUGGAGACGGGCAAUCUAUGCGACACGCAGGUGAUGCUACAGUGGCAUGCAAAGGUGACAUGUUGAGGCCCAAGACGGGUUGUGUAUGUGUAGACAGGUGCACAGCUGUCGUGCAUUCUUUUUUACAUAUCCUUUCUUGUCGCAGGACAAUGACGCGUCAACAGGGAAUAGGAUGA